AUGCCGCCCGAAAGCUCCACUGAAGAGGUCGCCAACUUCUUCGGCUCCAUCGGCCGUAUUAAGCUGGACAAGCGGACCGGGCUGCCGCGGAUCUGGAUGUACAAGGACAAGAUGACGGGCUCGAACAAGGGCGAGUGUACGGUGACGUACGACGACGUGGAGGCGGCCAAGUCGGCCAUCGACUGGUUCUCGGGCAAGGACUUCCGCGGCAACACGAUCAAGGUGUCGAUGGCCGAGCGGCGCGCGGCCGGCGACUGGAAGUGCCCGAACGACGACUGCGGCAACGUGAACUUUGCCUGGCGCCACGAGUGCAACCGCUGCCAGACGGGCCGCGACGGCGGCCCCAUGCGCCACGACUACGGCGGCCGCGACCGCGACCGUCCGUACUAG